AUGGCAGUGGUCCUCCAAUCUGAAGAGAAUAACUACUUCUCCUCAGGGCCGCUACGACGUUCGCAUUCGCAGCCAAAAUUCAUCACACCAUCGUCCUUCGCGCUCCCCUCGAGACCUAAAUCAAGUAGCGGCUUUGGCACGAUAAUAUCCCCUUCCAACUCGACUUCUUCAUCGACCACUUCGUCUCCUAGAACUUUGCAUGCAGAUUCCGCGGCGCCGUCAUUCUCAUCUACCCCAGCCAGCAGUCUCUCCCUCGAUGCGAAUUGCGAAAACGACGCCGACGACGACGAUCAGAUUGCAUUCCCCUCGUACGACGACGUAGGAUAUUUUGACCACGACCAGUUAGAAGAUCUGGAACCACCGGCGAGCCCCCGGACGGGUGAUUCCUAUACCGUAUCCCCCACAUCGGCUUCAACUUCCACGAACGUAUCGAGACCAGGAUCUCCGACCCCAGUAGAACACGCUGAAGAUGAUACCGCGGUAAGAACCGAGCCUUCGCGGCACGUUGAUUAUCUAUCCCACAAUUGGAACGAAGAGGAUAUCUGGUCGUCAUGGAAGCACAUUGUAUCAAAACGCGGUGUUUACAAUAACAGUGCGCGAUUAGAAAAUGCCUCAUGGCGGACAUGGACGAAAUCGAAGAAUCAGCUGAAAACCGUCUCCCCAGAAAAGCUUAAUUGGUUAAAAGAUUGUGACGUUACUUGGUUGUAUGGGCCUCUUCAAUCCGGCCAGGACAAGUCUUUACACCUUCAGCCCCCUUCUCCUAUUGGCAGCAGCAAAUUAUCAAAAUCGAACUCUUUUCUCAAUAAGAAACCAAUUUUGAAAAAGAGAAGCAUGUCAGAGAUUAUGCUGCAAAAGUCACUCUCUUCUUCCUCUCUUCUCAAGCAAGCUGCAGCGGCAAUUCAGGCCCAGCAGUCAACACAUGGUGACAGACCAUUACUUGGACGGGCUACAUCGGAAUACGCAUAUCCAUUUUCUUCACGACUGAGUCCUCAUACCAGCACACAACCUUCAAUCUCCUCUUCUGGAUUGGAAUCACCAAAUGAACGACGUCAUAUCCAUUUCAACGAACAGGUCGAGCAAUGCAUCGCCUUAGAUAUCAAGGGUGAUGAAGAGGAACCAGAUAUCUAUCCGCAGGAGUACGAUGACAGUGAUUCCGACGAUGGUGCUAUUAUGAUGAAGAGAAGUAACUCGAAGCGGAAGUUACCUCCAUUACACAGCAAACGUCCCGCAGCUCGCCAGAACAAUACCGAGACCAAGACGAUUGCUACUCUUCCUUCGACUACAUUAAAAUACCGUGAGGAUACACCCGAGCCACAAGAAACAGCUAUGAAGCAUAGUAGUGGCAUCUGGAGUGGUAAUAGACUCUCUCCCUCGCCAUCCCAGGAAACAUUGAGGCCCUCGAAACCAUCAUCACGGAUCCUGUUGGGAGAGGAUGAUGAAGACGACGACGAUCUCGAUUGGCAACCAUCAGGCUCUUUUGGUGCACGCAAGGACAGUGUCGCGGUUACUCAAGAUCGACUGUCAUCGGGACUCAAGAAGUCAGGAUCAUCAUCGAGUCUCAGCGGUGAGCCCAGUGGGAUGAGAAGAACGCCGUCCGGAAUGUUCAUGCCUUACGAGGAAGAUGAGGAUGACGUCGUAUCGGAAGGGCUCUUCGGAAAGGUUGUUGAUACUGUAAAUACCGCCAAGGAUAUCGCACAUGUUAUAUGGAAUGUUGGUUGGAGACGAUAA